UUAUAUUAUUGUAGGUAACUGCUGCCAGAUGACCCAAGUGCAGGCAGUAGGUUUUGGAACAAGUAACUGACCUGUCUCUCUCUCUCUCUCUGAUCUCUCUCAGGUAAGAACAUCCCUCUGCACGUGGUGAUCGAGACUAUCCCUCUAUGUGGUGUAGGGAUGGAGGAGCUGCGGGGAAGGAUAGAGAUGGACACCUACGCCCUCAUCUCUGGCAACACCCGCUUCACUGACCUGCUUCAGGCAGCGCUGGUUAAACUUGGCUAUUCUGAGGAACUUAUAUAUGCCAGGGGUCUUCUACAACUGAGGAACUGGCGGCCACUGCCCUUAGAGCACAUCCCUGAGACUGAGGACAAGACCGUGGCUGAGGUGUUAUGUGAUGUGGCACCCCUUGCCACCCUUCACGUCCGUAUCUACAGUCCGUGGAAGGUCCGCUGUGCCAGGGACAUUAAGGACCGUCUGCUGCGUCUUCUGCUGCAGCACUCUCAUCACCUGCUGGUGUCUGCUGGCUGUCCCCUAGACGAGAGCUUGCUGUCUGCGCUGAUCCGUGGAUCGGGUGAAGUCAGCGAGGAGUCAGCACGACAGUUCGAAACUUGGUGGGCGGUACACGUGGCCCACGUCUCACGCCCACCCCCCUCCGCCCACGUCAUGACGCCCCCGCCCCACCACAUACACGCUCGCCCACACCCAAUAGAGAAGAUACCAAGUGAACCUCUCCAUCCUGCUAUACAAGAGUGGUCCUCCCCACAGACCGUGAGCAGCCAGUACGGGCCACAGAAGACCAGGAUGAGGACCAGCUUUGACCCGGAGCUCGAACUUCCCCGUCUACAACGAUGGUUUGCCGAGAACCAGCACCCUACCAGACUACAGAUCCAGCAAUAUGUUGCAGAGCUGAACGCACUGGAGUCAAGGAGAGGACGCAAGCCUCUUGACGUCAGUAACGUAGUCUACUGGUUCAAGAACGCCCGGGCCGCCUACAAGCGCCAGGAGUUCCGUUCCUUCAACGGUCUAAAGUCUCCCCCGCUGGACGAGACUAGCGUCUCCGACAACGACGACCCCUACCCUGCCCCCGCCCCCCACACCCCCCACACCCUCUCACACUCCCCCCCCACACCCCACGACCACCCACACCUCCAUCAUCAGCAGCAACAGCAGCAGCAACAGCAACAGCAACAACAGCAGCAGCAACAACAACAACAACAGCAACAACAACAAGCUCAACAUGAAGAAACUCAGGAGGACGAGGAGUCGCGAGCGCCGGGCUCAGAACCUUCAGAGAGCCUCCAGGGACGCCUACACCUGCCGGGCGGCAGCUCCGGGGGAGGACCCAACUCGUCUUCAGGGGAGCGCUGCCCCCCGGAGAGUGACGUUGACAUGAGCGAAGAUGAAGACGAAGUGCGGUCCAGAGACAGUUUGGGACCAGUUACUGAAGGCAAGUGUUCUCCGUCACCGGUGGUGUCGCCAGGAGCGCUCUCACUGCCACCCUACCCACCACUGCCAGGACUGGGUCAGGCGGGCAUGGAUCGCCUUCCAUACCCAAUGGUGCCUGGCUCCCUCCUCCAGCACUCCAUGAUGUACAUGGCUCACUACAUGCCGCAGGUGUCGCCCUUUUCCAGCGGCUUGGGGAGCAGUGGUCCCCCCGAGGAACGCCGCAAGAGGAACCGUACCUUCAUCGACCCAGUGACGGAGGUGCCGCGACUCGAGCAGUGGUUUGCGAUCAACACUCACCCCAGCCACAACCUCAUCCUCAAGUACACAGAGGAGCUCAACCGCAUGCCCUACCGCCAGAAGUUCCCCAAGCUUGAGCCCAAAAACGUGCAGUUCUGGUUCAAGAAUCGGCGCGCUAAGUGCAAGAGACUGCGGGUAUCUAUGUAGGUCUACGGGGUUUUACUUAAGGCCAUAUUUUUCUCUCAGUUCAACAAUCGCAUGCUAUACCACUGAAUGGCAAUAGUACUCUUCGCUGCAGUUUUAGAGUACAAGACUGAAUAGUUUUGGUUCGGGAAUCGCCGAGCCAUCGUGUGUACAAGGCUGUGGAUUUCUACGUAGGUUGUUUGAACUUUCAAGAACCUCUUUUAAAAUAGCUAAACUACACGUCCUGCCACAAGGAGCUGCCAAAACCGGCCCAAGAAUGUGCAGUCUUGGCGAGAAAAGAGAGCAUGAGUAAGAAACUGUUGGAAGGCUGACGGGGUAAGACUGCGUGCAAGAGCCGCCUUCAGAGUGUCAUCUUCCUGGACGGUACCCACAGAGGCGCCAUUUGAAGGCUAGACUUCCAGAGGAACCAUUUCCAUCGCAGACUUGGUUUCAAAAAUAUCCUUACUUAUAAAAGUAAUGUUUGACCCUGAAGCAGCAGAUGUAUUGUUGAUGUUGGUGACCGGACUUCUUAAGUUAAUAUUAAUGUUUAUGUGGAAAAUAAGAUUUUUUUUAAAGAUCUGGUCUAGUUUAGUGUUCAUGCAAAAUAAAUAAGGUCGUCACGUACAGAAACGAAGUUGAGGAAGUGUUGCCCUUGUGGGUCCUGCUGGAACGAUGCUGUCAGCUGUCAAUUCCUUUUGCUUCCUUGGGGCGGAUGAAGAGGUUGAAGUGUUGAAACAAGUGUUAUAGCAGUGAAGUCUCCCAGGGAGUGUGUUAUUGUUGCCUCGGCUCGACCACCACCUGCUUGACGUAUUCUACUUCUGGACAAACUUUAGGGAACUUUCAUUCACAGACAGGAAUAUAAUUUAAUUCACAAUGAAAUAGGAUACUUAAAUUUGCUGUCAUGAAGUGUUAAAAAGCAACAACUUGUUUUUGAAUAUAUGUUACGUCGAAAAUUAUAAAAAUAUUAAGUCGAAAGUUGUAAAAGAAAAAAACCGCAAAGAAUCAUUUUACCAUUCUCCUUAUAUAAAAAAAUAAGCGAGUAAAUGCAUACCCAUCGACUACCAAAUGAAGCCAAGAUAACGAUAGGUCAAAAAUAAUUGAAAGCCCCGAGAAAGCGUCCGCCGUCAGAGCGUUGGUGUUGGUGAUUCUUUUACACAUGUACUCGGAGUAAGACAUUACACGUGUACUCGGAGUAAGACACUACACGUAUACUCAGACUAAUAGUUCUCGCCUUCAUCAUAAAUCCUCGGAGAUUUACAAGGAAACCUGAGGGAUUACUCUUUAGGCAGUGCUUUAUCACGUGAAACUAUAUUACCAUUACGGAUUUAGCGCUUCCCACUUUCCCCGUGAAUAUAAUAAUGAACAUUGUGUAUAAAAUAUAAUUCUCUGAUUUAAGGGACUAACGUAUAGCUUUUUUGUUUGACAAACGCAGUUAUAAAGAGACGGGCACCGUGUUGAUGUAGACUCUUGCUCUGGUACAAGUCUGGCGAUGUCUUGUUCGAUACAAGUGGGGUCUUGUCUGACUCAAACACUGUCUUGUGAUACAAGUAGGAUCUUAAGUGCAACUAAUGUGACACAAGUGCAACUAAUGUGACAUUAGUUGCACUUGUGUCCUUUUACUUUACAUAUUGUUGGUAAUUCUACCAACAUUAAUACAAGUAAGAUCUUGUUUGGUACAGGACGUAGCUUGCUGAAGAAACAUUACAGGGGAGAGAAUUGGAGGGUAGCAGUUCUUAAUCUGACGGGAACGUGCUUAUAGGGCCGUGAUGAGGAACGUCUUAACGUUCAGGCUGAUAGAGCUCAACAGAAGAACGUCUCAACUAUAGAAGUGUUUGGGCAAAUUGUAAUGUAGACGAGAUCAAAACAGCUCAUCACUCUCGUAGGAUACGAAACAGGAACGGUGCUAAAUCUGUCACCACCAUUACCAUCACCACCACCAUCAUUACCACCAUCACCACCAGUAAAUCCGAGACACUUACACAGUAGCGGUUUCUGAGUAUUACGCAGGUCGUAAUAAAUGGUAACAUUUACAUCUUAUGGACUGAAGUAACGCUGUGCUAGAGUGACAAAAUGAAGUGAGGGGGGGGGGGGCAGGUCUCUAGGCCGCCUCCACCAACCUGCUCUGGGACACCAUCCAGCAAAAGUGCUCACCCACACCGUUUUGAAACAUCUUGUUCCACGGACUGCUGCCAGUGUAGAUACUCAGUCUAUCCUGACUCCUCACACACUUCAUUUUGUCAGCACUCCAUCAUCCACUCAGCAACUCAGGUUUUGCUUAAAGUAUGGCGUAGCCGAUAAGUAGUAAAAAACAUACGCAAAGCAGAGAGGAAAUUUUAUUGGUGCGACGUUUCACCUACAUGAAGUUUUAUAAAGUACUUGGUAAACCCCGGUGGCCUGGUGGCUAAAGCUCCCGCUUCACACACGGAGGGCCCGGGUUCGAUUCCCGGCGGGUGGAAACAUUUCGACACGUUUCCUUACACCUGUUGUCCUGUUCACCUAGCAGCAAAUAGGUACCUGGGUGUUAGUCGACUGGUGUGGGUCGCAUCCUGGGGGACAAGAUUAAGGACCCCAAUGGAAAUAAGUUAGACAGUCCUCGAUGACGCACUGACUUUCUUGGGUUAUCCUGGGUGGCUAACCCUCCGGGGUUAAAAAUCCGAACGAAAUCUCUCUUAUGAAACGUUGUACUAAUAACGGUCACCUUCGCUGUAUUUGUGUUUUGUUUCUAACCAACUUAGAUCUUAGAAUACCUACAGGCCCUGUCCGGCCCUGGACCAGGCUUGUCUGGUGCUUGCCUGGUGGUCAGCCAGGAGCACUCCAGUUAACAAAGUCGUACUCUGUCUACUUCUGUCUGAUUUGCUUCAUUUCAUCUUACUGUCCAGCCUCCACCAGCACCACUAAAAUAACAACUGCAACCGCGUAGACCAAAAAUACCAACACCACCACCAUCACGAUCAUUCCGCCAGAACCUCCUUCACCACCAGCACCAGCAUCAUCACUCCUCUUAAUAAAACCACCACCAAAGAUCACCACAAUCAUUCCCCCGCACCACCUAUUUCAUCACCACAAAUCAUUACUCAUUUCCAGUACGCCUUAGUGGUUCUAAGAGCAAGCGCGUGCAUACACGCGGAUGGCGUAGUUCUAAGCGUAACUGGCGUAUGUUUACUCUCUCUUUAAUAAUGCUUUAGAGUGGCUUACGUACAGAGUUUCCGCUUGAGCGCUGCCUACAGCCCUGAAGUCCAAAAAUGCCCACGGCAAAAUGGCCGACAUCAAAACACGUGACGUCACUAACUCUUGGGGAUUAAGGAAUAGAUGAAACAGUUGUGAACAACAGAACUGCCAGUGUAGUUGUGAAGUGGUUAAGAUUGUUAACUUAUUUUAAUCAUUUAUUUUAUCCCCUAAGAAUGGCAAGAAGGAAAUUAAAAGACAAGAUAUUGACAGCAAUAUUAUAUAUAUAUAUAUAUAUAUAUAUAUAUAUAUAUAUAUAUAUAUAUAUAU